GGCCGAGGAGGCGGGACCGGUGGGCACGGUUGCUUCGCUAGUUCGUCUGCGCGGUGCUUGGGACGUGGGGUUGUGGGGGUCACUCUUCCUGAUGGUCCCCGCUGGAAGGGACUGGGCGGCGAAUGAGAGCCGCGAGCCGCGUCACCUCGCUGGCACCUUCCGGGCUGCCUACUGAGGCCUUGAGCUGGGCUCCGUCUGGCGUGCCACUGCGUCCUCACCCAACCCUAGCCCCCGUAGCCUCCCCCUGUACUGCCCAAAGGGUCCAGUCCCAUCUGUCCCCGUCCCCACCGCAGCCACAGGCCGCACCGCCUCUAGCCGCUGCUGUGGUCCGUGGAGGUGGUCGGUUACCAUGGUGAAGCUGGCAGCCAAAUGCAUUCUGGCAGGAGACCCAGCGGUGGGCAAGACCGCCCUGGCGCAGAUAUUUCGCAGCGACGGAGCCCAUUUCCAGAAGAACUACACCCUGACCACAGGGGUGGAUUUGGUGGUGAAGACGGUGCCAGUUCCUGACUCGGGGGACAGUGUGGAGCUCUUCAUUUUUGACUCUGCCGGCAAGGAGCUGUUUUCUGAGAUGCUGGAUAAGUUGUGGGAGAGUCCCAACGUCCUGUGUCUCGUCUACGACGUGACCAACGAGCAGUCCUUCAGCAGCUGCAGCAAGUGGCUGGAGAAGGCACAGCUACAGGUUCCAGGCGCCUUCCUCCCAGGUGUGCUAGUGGGCAACAAGACGGACCUGGCCAGCAGGCGGGCGGUGCAGUCGGCGCAGGCCCGUGCCUGGGCGCUGGGCCAAGGCCUGGAGUGUUUUGAAACAUCAGUGAAGGACAUGGAGAACUACGAAGCCCCGUUCCAGCAUCUGGCCCGGCAGUUCCACCAGCUGUACCGGGAGAAGGUGGAGAGCUUCCGCGCACUCGUGUGAGGGGCUGGGAGCUGCUGCUGGUGGCCCGGCAGUGCCCCCCACCUGCCAGUCUCCUUGGAAGCGGAGAGAAGGUGGGCUGCCGUGGUCCUUCCCACCUACUGUGACAGCUUUAAAUAAAAUAACAUGUGGAAGCA